UUGCAUCGCUUUCCCUCCCCUAGGCAGGAUUGGGCUGGGCCGUCAGGUCCGCGUCGGCGCGUUUCUUGGGCUGCAGUUGCUGGGAGACUGCAACUAGCUGCACGAUGUGGCGGGUAGCGACGCGAUUUUGUGCGUUAAAUAAGGGACGGGCGAAUCUUGGCAAAAUACCUGGCCAAGAGACAUUUAAUAACAGAACCAAUGGAACCUUCCCUACAAAAGAAGGCUCGCCUAUUCCUAUGACUGAUGUUCGGGAUAGACUUCGGGAGAUAGUAGGAAUAUCCACACACUGGAGUGACCAUGUGAAAACAAUGGAGGAGAGAAAGUUACUUCAUAGUCUUUUGCCUAAGAACCAGAAAGACCUGCCUCCAAAGAGGAUGAAGGACAGUUAUCUUGAAGUCAUUUUGCCUCUAGGAACUCAACCUUUGUUACGGGAGAAAUAUUUGACAGUAUUCAAUAGUGUAAGAUUUGGCAGGAUUCUUGAGGAUCUUGACAGCUUAGGAGUUCUUAUUUGCUAUACUCACACCAAAAUAGAUUCUGUCAAGAUGUCCCCAUUCUCUAUCGUGACAGCCUUGGUUGACAAAAUUGAUUUAUGUAAGAAGGUCAUAAGUCCAGAAUGUGAUAUUAAGUUCACUGGACAUGUGAGCUGGGUUGGAAAGACAUCUAUGGAAGUCAAGAUGCACAUGUGUCAGUUACAUGAUACAGUUUACCAUCCUGUCUUGGAUGCAACAUUUGUAAUGGUGGCUCGUGAUUCUGAAAACAAAGGGCCAGCUUUUAUAAAUCCACUAGUACUUGAAGGUCCAGAGGAAGAAGAACUCUUCAAGCAAGGAGAAUUGAAUAAAGGGAAGAGGAUUGCCUCCAGCACUGCAUCCUUGUUGAAGAUGGCUCCCACUACAGAAGAAAGAAAUGCAGUUCAUGACAUGUUCCUUAACACACUGGAUCCGAGGAGUAUAAGUUUUCAAAGUCGAAUUUUACCUCCUGAUUCAGUAUGGAUGGAAGAUACAAAAUUGAAGAGCCUACAUAUAUGCCAUCCUGAGGAACGGAACAUUUUCAAUAGAAUCUUUGGAGGUUUCCUUAUGAGAAAAGCAUUUGAACUUGGUUGGGCUACUGCUUGUAAUUUUGCUGGUACCAGACCUUUUCUAGUUGCUGUAGAUGAUAUUAUGUUUCAGAGCCCUGUUGAAAUUGGAUCACUGCUAUUCCUUUCUUCCCAGGUUUGUUUUACGGAAAAGAACCACAUUCAAGUUAGAGUACAUAGUGAAGUAUCUUUACCUGGUACUAAAGAACACAAGACUACUAAUAUUUUCCAUUUCACAUUUUUUGUGGAAAAAGAUGUGCCAUUGGUGAUUCCCAAAACUUAUGGAGAUUCCAUGUUAUAUUUAGAUGGUCAGCGACAUUUCAUGUCUACAAUGCAUCAAAAAACUGUGGGAAAAAGUAUUAUCCAAUGACACCCUAAAAAAUGCAACCUUUUGGAAAUUAAGGAUGAGAGAGCAUUUAAGGAGGGUAGGAAAAGAGUUAUGUGACUAAAAAAGCAUUCUUGUCUUCCUGGAGAAGGAUCAUCUGUAAGAACUGCCAGAAAAGAGGUUUUUGAUUUAAAAAACCCCUUCUUAAUCUAAAUUAUGUUCAUAACCUAAUUCAGUACUAUAUUGCUUCUGUUUUCUUCUCUGCCAAAGAAGCAGAACAAGAUGAUUUUUUCUAAAUAUUUGUGACACAUUAUUUUGUUGCACAUGUAUUACAUAUCAACAUUAAAAAUUCAGUCUAAUCAUUUUACCAUUUGUUAAACCUUUGUUGCAUUGUCCCUGUUUUUUAUCUAGAAUUCUGUUGGUGUUUUUUUUCUUUUUUUGUUCUUCCCAUCCCAGGCAGCUUGGCAAUACUGGAAUACCUUGAGUUCAAGUCCUAGCUCUGACAUUUAGCAACUGUAUGAUUCUGGACUAGUCACUUAAUCUCUCUGUGGCUCAGUUUCCUUCUCUGUAACAUGGGGGUUAAGACUCUGGGUUGUUGUUAGAAUCAAAUAAUAUAUUUAAAGGACUUUGCAAAUCUUUAAAGUGCUAUGUAAAUGUUAAUUUUUAUUAUUAUCUUCCCCUUAGCUUUCUAACAUAUAAGAUGAAUGGAUAAGAUUGGAAUUAGGGAAUGUUCUAAGUGGUAGCUUCUUGUUAGUAUUCUUGAAUAUUGUAGGAAAUUGAAAGACUCUCUCUCCCAAUUUCCACCUUUUUGUAACUCUUAUCUCCCUACAAGACUCUGUUCAGUUGUCAUCUUCAAGAAGUUUCUGGAUUUUCCCAAUUAUUAUUUCCAUGCUCAUAUCAAACACUGUAUUUAUUUUGUAUAUAUUUUGUAUUUACUUUGAAAAGUCAUAUUGUUUUCUUAUUAAGAUAUAAACUCUUUGAGGACAGA